AUGUCGAAUCAGUACGCACAGGGGACACUGAUAUGGGUCAAACACGAGGAGGAAGUUUGGAUUCAGGCUGAAAUCGUCACAUCGAACGAGAAGGAAAUCAUCGUGAAAACAGCCGAAGAUCCCAAUGGUCGACUAGUGCUGGGACCAAAUGAGCCGAUUUUCCUGAGGACAUCUGACGUUUUCACGUCCGAGGGCUUGUCCGUGCUAGAUGAUUUGACGCAGUUGACGCACCUGCAUGAGCCAGCGGUGCUCAGCUCUCUACAGAACCGCUUCGACAUCGAUAAAAUCUAUACGUUCACUGGACCCAUCCUCAUCGCAUUGAACCCUUUCAAGUUCGUCCCGGGCCUUUAUGACGAGGAGAUUCUGAAGAGUUUCAUCACCACCAAGCCAUCGACGAAGCCCCAUGUGUUCAACACAUCAAACGCUUCAUAUCGUGGGAUUUGUGAUCGCCACAAGUCCCAGACGGUGCUCAUCAGCGGGGAGUCAGGUGCCGGCAAGACGGAGACCACAAAGUUUGUGAUGAAGUUUCUAGCUCUUGCGGGAUCUGCUGACGGUCAGGUUACCGAUGUAGAAAAGCAGGUGUUGGAGUCGAAUCCUCUCCUGGAAGCAUUUGGGAACGCCAGAACACUCAGAAAUGACAACUCGAGUAGAUUCGGGAAGUUCAUCGAGCUCCAGUUCCGGCCUUCACAAGACUCUGGUGUGAAGGGCGCCGUGCAAGGCAUGUCUGGUGAAAGUUUGAGACUCUGCGGUGCUCGAAUCCGGCACUACCUGCUUGAGAAAGUUCGCGUGUGUGAGCAGCAGGAAGGAGAGCGCAACUACCACAUCUUUUAUGAAGCUUGUGCUGCGGCAGCAAAGCUGGGUGGCGGAAAAGUUUACAGAUAUCCGCAGAUGUUGUCCAAGGAGAAGGUGGUAGAGGAGGCGGACAUCGAUUUAGAAGGUUUCUCUGAGCUCUCGAACUUCGCCUUCUUGACACGAUCCAGCUGCAAAACUCUGAAGGAUGUUGAUGAUGUCGAGAUGUUCGAGCGUCGCAUCCAUGCCAUGCAGACUAUAGGCAUCAAGAAGGACGAUCUGUCUGAGAUUCUCCACAUGAUAGCGGCAGUCUUGAACCUCGGCAACUCCAAGUUUGAUGCCCCUCCGAACAACAGUGAGGGGUCCAUGAUCAUGGCGGAAUGCGCAAACAACUUGGCCGCUGCUGAGAAAUUACUGGGCAUCCAAAGUGGGGACUUAGAGAAAGCUCUCUGUCACCAGACACGCGUCACGCGGUCAGAGAAGAUCCGCAGCCCUGUCAAUGUUCGUCAGGCGGCGGACAAUCGUGAUGCUUUGGCAAAGGCUUUGUACGGAAUCGUGUUCAACUUCAUUGUCCACAGCACCAACCUCUCCAUUGGGUACAUCAACGAUGUUAAGCUCUUUGUAGGAGUCCUUGACAUUUUCGGCUUCGAAUGCUUCAAGAUGAACUCGUUUGAACAGCUGUGCAUCAAUUUCACCAACGAAAGGCUCCAGCAGUUCUUUAAUUCCUUCGUCUUCAAGCUCGAAGAGCAGCUCUACGAGCGAGAGAACAUCCCAUGGGAUGCAUUGGAUUUCCCAGACAAUCAGGACUCCGUGGACUUGCUGGCCGGGAAAGGGACUGGUGUUUUUGCCAUGUUGGACGAAGAGUGCCUGGUGCCAAACGGGUCUGAUCAAGGCUACUGCAACAAGCUGAUCAAGCAGCACAAAGGCCAUCGCAGGUUUGACGAGAUCAAGACGAAGCCAACGUGGUUUGUCAUCAAGCACUUCGCUGGACCUGUCAGCUACUGCACCGACUCAUUUUUGGACAAGAAUCGAGACCAGCUCAGCAAUGAUCUGAUCGAGUGCGUCGGAAACAGUUCCAAUCAGUUUGUUGCGAACCUGUUCCGCAAGGACCCUAAAUUUGCGGAAGCAUUUUCCAAGGAGGAGGACCAGCCAAAAGGUGGCAAGAAGAAGAAGUACACCGUUUCGUCCGAAUUCAAGGAGCAGCUCUCGAGUCUGAUGGAUGUGGUGGAUCUGACGGAGCCCCACUUCAUCCGAUGCAUCAAGCCCAACCCGCAGAACUUGCCAGACCUCUUUGACAGAAAGGGUGUCACGGAGCAGCUGCGGUAUGGCGGGGUGUUGCAAGUGGUCCAAGUCAGCCGAGCAGGGUAUCCUGUCCGAAUCAACCACCAGGAAUGCUGGGAUGACUACAAGGUCGUUGGCUCGCCAAAGGUUGUGUCGGAGCUUCGCCACUUGCAGGACCCCAAGAUUCGAGCCCAAAAGUUGUUGGAGCACCUUGAUGCGGAGCUGAACAUACCAAAGCCCAAGCAUGGCCUGUCGUGGGCAGUGGGAAAGACACUCGUGUUCUUCAAGCUUCCAGCUUAUGAGCGGGUGAAAUUUGCUCGUCUAGAGCUUCUGAUCAAGAGCACGACUCUGAUUCAGGCUUCUUGGCGUGGCAAAGUUCGGAGGCGCAUGUUUGUCGCCAUUCGUCUGUUCACUCGUCAUGUGCAAGCCCUGCUGCGGUCCAAGCAGGCUCGUGCUGACCUUCAGAGAAGGAGGUCCGAGGACUGCGCUACAAAGCUGCAGGCCCAUGCCAGAGCGAAACUGGCUCGGACCCGAUACCAAAAUAUCAUGCGCAAGGUGAUCAAGAUUCAGGCUGUCCGACGAGGGGUGAUUGGGCGUCGAUAUGCUAAAGAGCACAAGCGCCACGUCAGCGCGGCCAGGCUGCAAAGCUUGGUUCGCACACGGAAGGAACAGAGAAUCUACGAUGCCCUGAGGCAGUCAGUUGUGUUCGCUCAGCAGCGCCUGCGCAUGCGCAAUGCGAAAGGGCAACUCAAGAAGUUGAAGCAAGAAGCGAAGGAGGUCGGUGCCAUGAUGGCCAAGGCACAGAAGGCUCAAGAGCAGGCUUCUGAAUUGCGGAAGCACAACGAGGAGAUGGAGGCACAUCAGCUUCAGCUGCAGUCCGAGAACAAGACUCUCUCGAACAAAGUCAAGCACCUGGAGGAGAUGCUGCAGCAGAUGCAACAACAGUUUGAGGAGAUGAAAAUUCAGGCGGCCGAAGCUGCAAAGUUGGCUGCGGACCAGUCCAAGACCGUUGUGGAGGCUGAGAAGAUGGAGGGCCUCAACAGCCAACUGAGCCAGAGGGACGAGGAACUGGCUGGGCUACGCAAAGAACUGCAGGACAUGAAGGAGAAUCAUUCCAAGCAGCAGGAGUCUCUCAAAGCAGCGGAGGUUCGCAUCUACCCAGUCAUAAAAGUGCUCCGGCACCUGCGCCACGCAGUGCAGCACGCGGGAACCGGAACGUUUUCAUCCAGUUGGCAGUCAUCUCAAGCAGACUGCUUUCACUUCAGCUUCAAGCGUGAAAACUUCCUGUGCGCUGUCAGUGUCGGUCUCAUCGAAGCCACUGGGCCACUGGGAGAAGGGCUUUCCUCAAGUGGCACAACCAUGCCUGGUCCGCGCAUGUCGUUGUCACGUGUGGAGCAUACCCUGCGGCUCCUCAAUGCGCUCAAGACGCCAUCUCCGCCGGUCCAGCGCUCGCUCGACGAGUCGGCAGGCAAGCUGUCUGUUGUUUUCCCUCGCUGGCUGAUCAUCGUUAAUGUUUUCGCUAUGAUUCUGGUUGCUCUCGCAGAGGGCAUACUCCAGCCUGCCUCCAUGUCCGGAAAUCCUGGCCUUCAACACCCGCGAUGGGCUGCCUACGCGACUCUGCUGUCGUUGAUCUUCUGCUUGACCGAAUUGUUGAAUGGGGUGCGUGCUUCCUUCGUGUUUUGUGGCUAUUUGGUCAUCCUGGCACUCCUCGGACUGUUGAGUUAUAGAGACAUUGUUUCUGGCUUUGCGCGGAUCGGCCCAUGGCUGCCUCAGCUUCAACUUGUAAUCAUCCGUGGGAUCAGCGAUUCAGGAAUAAUGGAGUUCUCAUUGCUUUGGAUGCUCGGCCGGCAUCCGCAGAAAGGCACUUCGGCGCGUUUGCGCCUUUACAUCGCGACUCUGUGUCUUGGAGCCAUCGUGGGUGCUACAGCCACCAUUGCAACGGCAACGCCGGUGAUCAUCCAAUGGGCUAAGUGCCAUGACUUCAAGGUGCGGCCGCUGCUUCUGAUGAUGGUCGUUGCUGCUACCUGUGGGAAUUCCGUGUUUGUCACGAGCAGUCCAUCGUCAAUCGCCAUCCGUGAUGUGAUGUGUGAGGCCCGGACCUGCUCUCUCAAGCUGAACUCCCAGACACCCCUUGCUCUCCUGAGCGCGUCUGUGCUUGGACUCUAUGCCAUGUUUGUCGGCGACAUGCUCUCCAAGCGUGAUUCCAUCAAGCCUGAGGAGGUGCGCCACAGAACGGGAUAUAGCGUUCCGAAUCUGCUCCGUCCGACUCCAUCUCAGCCAAGUGUAGAGCGCGAGGAUGUAGCUGACUCUUCUCACCCUUCGUGCGACCUGGAAAGGUGGCCAUACGAGUUGGACUUUGUGGUCGUUACUGGCUCGAUGGUUUGUGGUCAUACCCUCCGCUCUGCUGGCUUCAUGAACUCGAAGGAUGUGCUCAUUCAGAGGAUCUCCAGGAUACAAAGCAUGGCAGAUGAUUCGAGUCUGGAGCUGGUCUCGCAUUCCACUUCUGAGCUUGACUUGGACGAUUGGUGUUUGGACGUAGACGACGUGAUAACAGCCAGAUGUUCUGCAGCAGGUGUUUGCACCAUGCGUCGAUACCCGGGCAUUUUUGCAAUGCGAGGACUGCACUGCCAUCAGAUCCUGGGCGGACGUCGGCAUGAGAGGCGACUAUAUGAAAGUGUGGUGUCGCCUGGAAGUGAGCUGAUUGGAAAGAGUGUGGAGGAGCUUCUAGGGCUGCACGAGCUGUCUGCACGAUCGACGACGGAAUCAGUGGUUCCCUGGUCUGUGCGGAUGUUUAGAGGUUAUCCUUUGGCUGCUUGGCGCCGUGAGGAGGAGGCCGCUGGCUUCCGAAGCCGGCCUCUGUGCGCGCACGGAGACUCCCUCCAAGCCGGAGAUGUCAUUCUUUUUGAUGCUUUUCAGGAGUUUCCGAAGUUGCAGACGACCCAGCGGAACUUCUUGGUGUCAGGCCUUGUACCGAACUCCCAGGCACCGCGCCACGGACGCUCCCGGGACAUGUGGCGGGGAGUGCUCGCGAUCAUCGCCUUUAUUGUCGCGCUGCUACUGGACCUUUGGCAGAGGAUCAAUAUUCUAGUUGGCUGCAUGUUCAUUGUGGCCAUGCUGCUGAUGUCGUCUGCCGUCAAGCCCAACGACAUCCCUGAGAUCUUGGAUUGGAACUCCUGCCUGACGGUCGGCUGCGGAGAGGCGAUUUUCAUUGCCAUUCGGCGCAGUGGUCUGUUGACUGCGCUGGCUGGUCUCAUCGCACAAAUUGGAGCAAUUGGAGGCAGCCCACUGCAGCUGUGCACGCUGUCCUUGGCUGCUCAGUUGGCAGCUGCUUCAAUUUCGCCGACACCAGCAGGCCUGCUCAUAGCAAAUGCAGCAACUGUACUGGAUGAGAAGCACCAGCAGUUGGACUCGCAGCAGCUCGUCAUCCUAAUCAUGAUCUCGUGCAACAUGGUGCUGAACAUCCGGAUGCCUGAUGAUCUUAUGCGCGGGAAAAAGCGCAGCUUCAGCGACUUGCUCAAGUCCGCGUUCGCCAUUUGCUCUUCUGGCAACUUCCGACUGCCGCCUUGGUUAUGGUGCUCACAGUGUUAUGGACACUUGUGUUCCAUGGAACUUGAUCGUCAAGUGCUUCUCGUCUCUACAAGCAUGCGUGGCUCGCUGGCGCGUCCUUCCAAUGCUCGCAAACUGCGAGUGUUGGGGCGGGGCGUGGCGGAUCUGGCAUACCGAGGUCGGGGCAUCGGCCACUGGCAAAACUACGAUGUUGGGGGCGCUUAUACAGGAGCAGAGGCAGAUCUUGCUGUCCUAGAUGUCAAGAUUGGUGGGCGCACGUUGAAGUUCCUCGACUGCUCUGGGAAUGACCGUGCGGCACAUUUGGUGAAGGAAUGGUUCGCUCGCACGCAGUGGGUCUUCGUGGUGUACAGUCUGACCGACAAGAGGUCGUAUGAAAAAGCUUUGUCGCUAGUUGGCGAAGCACGACAAGCUGGGGCCAGUGUAGUGCUCUUUGCCAACAAAUUCGACAUCAAUCAGGGCAAGCCAGUCGAGGUGAACUUGCAAGAUGCUGUAGACAAGGGCACGCAGCUUGGUGCCUAUGUGGGUGAAGGUGUUUCAUUGUCCGAAUGGGCGAGGUUUGCUGCCAGCCAGGAUGAGACGCAAGCUCCAGCAGAAGAUGCGCCUCCUGAUGGGGCAGCUUCUGACGAUCCGCAGAAGCGCAGCUCGAUCUCAGCAGCCAUCGAUUCAGUGAAGUCUUGGUUUGGCACGACACCCGAAAAGGGUGGCAAGGCAGCAGGUGUGCUGCGUGCAUCGUUGAAGGGCACGAAGGCAAUGAAACAGGCCAAGCGUGAUGUAGACCCCAACGCAGAUCUUAAGCCUGUUCAAGAGUUGCAGGACUCGGAGUCUGCCGUGACCUGUGUGUGCUUUGGCCAAGAGAGACUUCACAGGGCGUACAUUCUCUUCGUCACUGCGUCCAAGGAUGGCACAGUCGUUGUGUACCGGUGCUACAGGACUGAAAUGGAGAUUGCAAUGUUGGCCGCAGAAGACUUCCGUGGUGACAAUGCAGCGCCUCCACCUGACCACUCCAACAUUGCAGUACAUUCUCGGCUUGUCGGCCAUUCACGCGCAAUCACAUCAGUCUUCUUCAAUCUACUUGAAGAUCAGCUCGUCACUACAUCAAUUGACAAAUCGGUACGUUUUUGGAACGUGGAUACUGGGGAGAUGCUGAAGGUUUUCACUGACUCCUCUCCAGUGCCCGUGGCCGCUUUCCUGCCUUUCAAUCCGCAGGUUUUUGUUGCGGCCAACUCGAAUGCCGUCCUGCGGCUUGUGAACGUGCAGAAUGGCAUGGUCCUUCAAAAGCUGAAGGUCGAAACCGAGGUGCGUACUUUGAAGUUCGAUGAUACAGGCUUGUUUCUUCUUGCUGGCACAAAGAGCGGCAGUAUACAUGUUUUGGAGGCAACAGACGCCAGCACGUUGAAGUUUAAGUUCAAGGUGCAGCUGGCGCGAGGAGGUGUAACCUGCUUGGUCUUCGUGCCUGCAGCACACGGCCAGCCCCCAUGUUUGUUGGUCAACACGUCAGAUUCGUCCGCGUCAAUCAUUGACUGCACUUAUGGACCUCCGCCUGGUGUGCUCACAAACUUGGCAGUUAGGCACCGUGUUCGCGUUGCCCACGCGCUGCUUCCACUAAAGUGCUGCUACUCACCGUCCAGCCAGGGAUACCUCAUUUCGGCUUCUGAAGACAAGGAGGUCUACAUCUACUCCCUAGCAAAGGGUGCAAACUACAAGAUGAGCUACCUGAAGCACCACCAGGUGCCAGUCGUGGCAGUGGCGACGAACCACCAGGACACACUGCUGGCAAGCGCCGACUCGCUGGGUCGGGUAGUGCUUUGGAGAAGGAUGGACUUCUCGCAUCUGCCUGAUUGA